AUGUCUCAUAACUUGGAACCUAACGUCGCCGCUAUCCUCCCCGUUAAACAAGGUCAAUUGACCAUCCAACAGCGUCCUGUCCCAACCCCAAAGGAAGGUGAACUACUGGUACACAAUGCCGCUGUUGCUGCGAACCCCUCAGACUGGAAAAUACAAGCCCUAGGUCUCUCCAACAACUUUCCCGCUGUGCUUGGCAGUGAUCUCAGCGGUGUCGUUGUAUCCGUGGGACCAGGUGUAACACGCUUCAAGCCCGGCGACCGGGUGAUUGCCUUGGCCCUAGGUGUCAUUAGCCAAAACAUCGACAAGGCAGCGUUUCAGACUUAUACCCUGCUCGACGAAGUGGCGACGACUCACUUACCCGAGAGCAUCAGCUUUGAGGAGGGCUCUGUACUUCCUGUUGGUGUGCUCACUGCGGCUAUCGCGUUGUUCGACGGUCUCGGGCUGCCGAUGCAUGACAGCAACGCUGAGGAGGAUGGAGCUAUACUAGUAUGGAGUGGUGCUUCGGCUGUUGGUGUCUCAGCAGUGCAGAUAGCACAUGCUCUAGGAUGGACUGUCUACGCGACUGCAAGUCCAAAGCAUCACGAGUGGCUCAAGACCUUGGGCGCGACAGAUGCAUGGGACUAUCGUGACCCUCAAGUCGCGCAGAAGAUAGCCGCAGCCUUGAAAGCUUCCGGGACAAAGGUCCGCGGCGUUACCGAUGCUAGAGCUGAAGGCAGCUCCUUUGAUUCGGUCGUGGAGAUAUUGAUUGCCGCCGAUCUAACAUCAGGAUGCAAGGCUACUGCGCUGGCUCCGUGGCCGGAAGAAACGUCGCUGCCAGCUGGGAUUGAAGGACAUCACACCAACUGCAUGGGGUUCACUGUCAAUUUUCCAGAUAUCGCAAGCUGGGUUUUCGGCGGCUGGUUGUCCAAGGCUCUCGACGGUGGGAGAAUUAAGCCUGCACCGAGGGCUCGUAUUAUUGAUGGUGGAUUAGAAGCGACACAGGAGGUGCUGAAUCUUCUUCGAGCGGGCGCAAGUGGUGAGAAGUUUGUCUUGAAGGUUUAG